AUGAGUUUAAGGGAAGAUUCACAUGAUGAAAUGACAGUCGAAGAAAUGAUUGCCACAGAGCACAAACAGCAAGAAGAUAUCAUUCAGUGGGGAAGGCCAAGUCUUUAUUACACUCGCAUUGGGUACAUCUACCACGCCAAUGGGACACAAUAUGAUAUCGUCAGAAUCGUAAGACAUGAUGGUUACAGAAAGAACUCCUACUACGAUGACAUAGCUAUGCUCACUCUUGAUAGGGACGUCCAGUUUCCCAGAUUUAAUCCAGUUUGCCUUCCCGAUGACGAAAUAGUCACUCUGGAUUUGGUACUGUACGGAACUACAGUGGCUGGUUGGGGAGCUACAAGAACAGGAGGAAACAUGAGUCCAGUUCUAACACUUGCAGAACGUUUGCAAACAAUUCCAAAUGAAAAUUGUACCAUGGUGAUACGGGAUCGUAUUCGUAGAUCCCGAUUUCAAGAACAAUUUCCAAAUGGUGUAUCUUUUGGAUUUUUGUGCACUGGACUUCAAGGCGGAUCAGACAGUUGUAACGUAUGA